AGCUAUCGAUUGGGUCCAUUUGGCUUCCUGAGCACUGGAGAUGCUCAUAUGACUGGAAAUUUUGGAUUAAAGGAUCAACGCUUGGCUCUGCAAUGGGUGCAGCGACACAUUUCGGCCUUCGGCGGCAAUCCGAAUCUGGUGACCCUCUUUGGCCACAGCGCAGGUGGAAUAUCCUCGCACCUGCACAUGCUGAGCCCCAGCUCAAAUGGACUCUUCCACCGCGCCAUGUCCUUGAGCGGCACGGCGAUGAUAGUGGCUACACUGCCAGACAAUCCACUUGAACAGGCUCGGCAGCUGGCGGAACGAUUGGGCGUGGCUGACGCCAAAACCCUAGACACCCAGGCGUUGGCCACAGCUCUGCGUGCAAUGGACGCCAACGAUUUACUGAAAGCCAGCGAUGUCUUAAAGCAAUGGUAUAAAUUGCCUCAAAUUAACUACGGCGUGGUUGUGGAACAGCCAGAUGCGCCCGAGCCCUUCAUUACCGAGUAUCCCAUUACGGCCCACCAAGCCGGUCGCAUCAACCAGGUGCCCUGGCUACUGACCACCACCUCACGCGUAGGCGAGGGCGCAUUCUUCCUCAUGGAAAUCUAUACGACUCCGCAGCUCCUGAAGGAGUUCAAUGAAAAUUUCCUGGAGCGCUUUGGGCUGAUGCUGUAUCUGCCCAAGGGCCACGGCAAGGAAACCGUUCAAGAGAUCCUGGAAAUCUAUGGAGUGAAGGAAAUGCAACUGAAUGAGAACACAUUGGUGGAUAUAGCCGGUAUUCUGGGUGACUUUAUGUUCAAUUACCCAGUCUAUGUGUGCGCCGCCAGCUACGCGGAAUAUUCCAAGGAGCCGGUUUCCAUUUAUAGCUUUGAAUACACCAGCAAUUACACGUUUGCCGCCCUACUUGGAGGCGGACUUGUUAACGAGGAGCUGGGCGCAUGUCACAUGGAUGACGGCGUACACACUCUGAAAAUGUCGACAUUGUUUCCCGACUUUCCACAGGAUUCCGAAAAUGCAAAGGUGGCCAAGCGUAUGACUUCCUUAUUGGUGGAGUUUGCCAAGAAUGGCGUUCUCCCUGAUGACACCCAUUUGCAGCCCUGUAAAUCUGAGGAGUUUAAGGAUGAUGAGAUAUGCAACUAUUUUGUCAUGGCAAAAUUAAAUGGGGCCUAUCAUGAGGCAGUUGAAAAGCGCGUAGAUAAGCGCGCAUUGGCUAUGUGGAAGAAGCUCUACUUAUAGACAAAAUAUUAAAACAUAUGAAUAACAUUAUAAUAUUAGAAUAGUCACUAUU